AGUUGCUAAGAAACCUAGUAGAGGUAGUUUAGUUCGAAGAGUUCGGACACCUGCUGGAAUCUACGACGAUUUUGACGGAAUUUUCGGCGGAACUUUUGUGCGCGUUAAGCGGGCUCACAAUAGGUGCGAUUGGACGUGCGCGCGCGCAACAUUUGUGACAGACAGGCGAUCGGGAGGAGCUUCCGCCAGCGAGGGGACACUUCCGGGAGUUUGGGGCGAACGGUCGGUUGGCGAUCGGAGCAGGAUCGUGUCCGCGGAAUCACGGCGCAGCGCAGUGCGUACACGAUCGCGCAAAGUGUGUUGUGCAGCACCGAAGAGUGUGUGUGAGAGAGAGAGCGAGAGAGCGAUCGACGGUGGUGGGAGAGUGCAAAGUGUUGUGAGGGGGAGAGGAAGAACAAGGAAGAAGCAUCUAGCGGGAGAGUUGCGUGCGUGUGAGAGAGAAAGAGAAAGAGAGGUUUCAAUCACCCAACUUGAACUAGGCUUAGUAGGAGCAACUAGCAGGACAAAGAAGGAGCCUGUUUGACCCACCACCACCACCCGGCUUCCUCGACGCAAAUUAGUAUGCAAGUGCUGAAAUUAAUAGUAGCAAGCAAUUGAGGAGAAGGAAGAAGGAAAAUAGUAACAGUAGCUACAGCCGAGUUACUAACUAGUGGGAGGAGAAGAUAAAUGAUGAAUGAAUAGCUGAGUGACGAAAAUAAUUACUGAUUUGCUGUGGCAUGUAGUUGAUUUUGAUUAGUGUGUGUGAAAUGUGACUAGUUUUAGUGUAGCGUGCGAAGGAAAGAAAAAUACUCAAUACUUUAACAAAAAAAAAAAUUAAGCAAAAUCCUCCAACGAAUUCCGUCCAUUUUAAGUGCCAUAGCAAAAGUUUAAGAGUGUCGCCAUAUUUUAUUGUUUUAUGUUGUUUUAAGUGUACAAAAAAAGUGAGUGUGAAAUUUUUAAGCGUGUAAGUUCGUUUUAAGCAAGCAAAACAAAAAGAAGCAAAAAGCCAUUCAACAAAAAAGUUGCUUCACAAGAGAGGGAGAGAGAGCGAGCAAAUACUGUGAUGAAAACAAGAUAAAAUAAAGCUGAUAACAAUUUCGCGUGAGAGAUUGAGAGUGUGUCCACUUUCGGAGGGGCCGAUGACAGUUUUAUGCGAAAGGCAGAUAAAGUGAACGCGACAACGAAGAAGAAGAAGAAUGGUUUCGGCGGCUGACAGAAGCUGAAACAAGCAAAAAAAAAAAGCUUAAAAAGAUUAUGUGAACGUGCAAUCAACGAUGUAUUAACCAACUCCGUCCAGAACAAACCUAGAAUGUGAUAACCGAGUUUUCCGAGCCGCCAAUACUCAACAACAGUGCUUCCAGUACGCGCAGUAUUAGACUUUAAUGUGUUAGAUUUUUUAUUACAUAUAUUCUUCCAUAAGUGUGCAAUCGAAUCUCUCGAAGAGAGAAACAAAAAUCCCCUCAAAAGCAAAAAUGUCUUCCUCACCGGACAUGCAUCAACAGCAGCAACUUGCUCAAAGUGAGCUCAAAUCAAACCCUCCAACUCCCCCGCCAGAACUGGCCACUAUGACGAACGUCAGCGUGCUAGACCUGCACAAGGACUACUCGGACGCUGGCGGCGAUGUCGGUGGCGGUCACCAGACGAAGGUCUACGACAAAGAAACCGGCACGGUCUACGUGUACGGCAAUCCAGGCGCUGGUCUCAAACUCAAUCCGUCCGGGAUGACCACAAUCAUCCAAACCGGCGGUGGCCACCAGCUGGCAUCCCCCGGUCACGAAACAGAGCAAAAUCUGCUCCACGCACGGUUGAUCCAAGAACAGCACCAACAACAACAACACCACCAGCACCACCACCAUCAACAGCAGCAUCACAUUCAGCAGCAACAUCACGAUCAACACGAGGAUCAACACGUGCAGCAGCGUCUCUCGCCGGGGGAUCAGGUAAUUGACGGAAGAUUGAUACCGUCCGGACUGAAUGGCGGUGGUGAUGUUCAGCAGCAGCAGCAGCACCACCAUCAGCAGCAACAUCAGUCACUGGGACGGCUGUCCUCGGCGGACGAGGACGAUCAAUCAGUGCGUAUGCUGGACAACGCACACAUCCAGCGUCUGCUCGGCAACCAGCAGAUCAUCAGCCGCGAGAUUAUUAACGGUGAGCACCACAUCAUCACGCGCAACGAGAACGGCGAAACGAUCCUGACUCGCAUCGUGAACGCCCCGGCCGCCCCGGACCCCAACCCGGCCGAUCAAUUAAUCAGCAAGCUCCCGUCGGACGGCGGCCUGUACGGUGGUGGUGACCACCAGGCCCCUCCCACCCCGACGACCACGACCGCCGACGGGCUGCCCACGACCGUGCUCCAGUACGAGAAGGACAUCAAUCAGCAGCCCAAACAGCUCGUCUAUUCCGUCGGAGGGGGUGAGCCUAAAAACGUCAUUUACGGCGACCCGAAGGCUUCGAUGCCGCAGCAACAGCAGCAGCAGCAGCACUUUGAACCGACCUUAAGUCAGCAGGAUCCGUCCGGGGCUGACCCGAAGCCGCAGAUUGAUUACGUGUACAAUGAUGGGAACAAAACGGUCAUCUACACGGAUCAGAAGGGCCUGGAGAGUUUGUACGCCAAUGCGGCCGCUGGCGGGGAUUUGGGCCUGAUGGAGGGAACGCAGAUUGUGGUCCACGGAAAUGUGCAGUACACUCAGCAGCAGCAGCCGGAUGGAACGAUGGUGUAUGUGGUGGCGUCGACGGGAGCGGGAGCGGGUUCGGUUGGAGGGGACAUGAAUCCGGAUGAUCUUGGGGCGGCGCAGCAGAUUCAGCAAAGCAGCAACCCCACCGCAAAAACCAUCGGCGGCCAAACCACGCCUCUGGACGUAUCAAGCCUAUCGCAAAAUGAUAUACAAGGCAUUCUGCUUGGUGCACACCCAUCAUCGCAGACGAUAAAUGUCAAACGCGAGCCCGAAGAUCUACGCAAGGAGCCGAAAAACCAACGAAGUCAAAAGGUGUUGGUCGUCCAGCCCACAUCGCCCUCGGUACAGAUUAAAGAGCCUCCACCCAGCCCUGGAAGUCCUUCGGCUGAAGCCAUGUAUGCUGCCCCCGGCAGCACGCAGCUCUACCUGCAGAACCCCUCACAUCAGACCAGUUCGGCCGCGACGGCCAGCUCCAAUGUGAACGCCAAUUCGCCCAGCCCCAGCUCCUACGACCAGUACGGGAUGUACCAGCAGAGAUUAGGACCGGGCGGUGCGGCCUUCAUCGCCGACCAGUACCCGUACCGCGAGUACUUUGACCCGCAGGGCUACGCCCCGGCGCGUACCAUUUACGGUACGGCGGACCCGGACGGGCCGCAAUCCGCCACCACGUACGAGGGGCGCUACGUCUCGAAAACGGGGUCGAUCUAUACGAAAACCAUCACCUCCGCCGGCCUCACAGUGGACCUUCCCAGUCCUGAUUCGGGUAUUGGUGCCGAUGCUAUUACUCCCAGAGAUCAGAAUAAUGUACAACCGUCCUUCGAUUAUACAGAACUGUGCCAGGCCCCGGCCGGUUUGCUGGAUCCGAACUCGAGCGCCAUUCCGGCGUCGGUCGCCAGCAUGCAGCGUAGCAUGGUCGUCAACGGGGGCCAGAACAGUCCGACGACCUCGAUCGGCAGCGGCGCGACGGCCCCGCCCCGGUCCCGGCCGUGGCACGACUUCGGCCGGCAGAACGACGCCGACAAAGUGCAAAUACCAAAAAUAUUCUCCAACGUUGGCUUCAAGUACUUUUUGGAAAGUCCGAUCAGCUCGUCCCAGCGGCGGGAGGACGACCGGAUAACGUACAUCAACAAGGGCCAGUUCUACGGCAUCACCCUCGAGUACAUCCACGACCCGGACAAGCCGCUCAAGAGUCAGACGGUGAAGAGCGUCAUCAUGCUAAUGUUCCGCGAAGAAAAGAGCCCCGAGGACGAAAUCAAGGCCUGGCAGUUCUGGCACAGCCGGCAACACUCGGUCAAGCAGCGGAUACUGGACGCCGACACGAAAAACUCCGUCGGUCUAGUCGGUUGCAUCGAGGAAGUGUCCCACAACGCCAUCGCCGUGUACUGGAACCCGCUGGAAAGUUCCGCCAAGAUAAACGUCGCCGUCCAAUGUUUGAGUACGGAUUUCAGCAGUCAAAAAGGUGUUAAGGGUCUUCCGCUCCACCUGCAGAUCGACACGUUCGAGGAUCCGCGGGACACCAGCGUGUGCCAUCGGGGUUACUGUCAAAUCAAAGUCUUUUGUGAUAAGGGUGCUGAACGCAAGACACGCGACGAGGAGCGGCGGGCCGCGAAGCGCAAGAUGACCGCCACCGGCCGGAAAAAGCUCGACGAGCUGUACCACCCGGUCGUGGACCGGUCCGAGUUCUACCAGAUGAGUGACCUGAUGAAGCCGCCGGUGCUGUUCUCCCCGUCCGAGGACAUCGAGAAGCUUACUUCAAUGGACCUGCAGUUCUACGGCCACGACGGCGACUCGCUGUCCGGCGCGUCCGACAACGUCAAGUCGCCGUUCCUGCUGCACGCCAACAAGCCCACGACGCCCACCCUCAAGUUCCACAACCACUUCCCGCCGGACGUUAACACUGACAAGAAGGAUCCCAGCAUCAUCAUGGACGGCUCCCUGGUCGGGAACAUGUCCGAGUUUGGGCCGCAGAUCAAGCGCCAGCGGAUGACGCCCCCGUUGAACGAGCGCGUCAUGCUGUACGUCCGGCAGGACAACGAGGACAUCUACACCCCGCUGCACGUGGUCCCACCGACGACGGUUGGACUUUUGAACGCCAUUGAGAAUAAAUUCAAAAUUUCAACGUCGAGAAUUAAUAAUAUUUAUCGCAAAAAUAAGAAAGGGAUUACGGCGAGAAUUGAUGACGACAUGAUCAGACACUACUGCAACGAGGACAUAUUCAUCAUCGAGGUCCGGCAGUACGAAGAGGAUCUGUACGACAUCACGCUCACGGAGCUACCGUCGCACUGAGUCCCCCUCUUCCGAGCAUAGAUUUUCGUCUUUAAGUUUACACACACCAGCUCACACACAGAAACACACCCACAUUUUUCUUACGCACAUUUUUAAGAGUAGCCUUAGCAGAUAUUUUUACACUUUUGCUCGACAGUGCCUUAAAAGAGACAUUUUAAACGUUUUGUUUUUAAUUUUGUGUAUAAAGUAAAGCUUAAACAAUUGUUGAUAUAGCGAAAAGAGCGAGAGCGAGGAGAUCAAGCAAACGUACUACUCACACUAGCGGCAGAACGAGAGAGGGAGAGAGUAGCCAAGAUGAAUAGCAUGCAACGGUUAAGAUAUUACAAGAUUUUAGUUUAGAUUGGUUAGAUUUAUUUAUUUAUUUGUAGACCCACGAGAACACACAAAACAAAUAGAAACACAGAUUAAACAACCUUUUUUCAAAACUCCUCCGCGUCGGCAAGAGAUUCAUUGGUUUUGCAAACUAGGUGGAAAUGGGAGUUUUUUUUCAUGACUCUCGGCACUCUCGACAGCAUUUAUGUAUUGAAACGUUCAAUCGACAAAGCACGCUAGAAUUCCACAUCAAGAUCUCAAAACGUAUUUCUGUAUUCUGGCGCCAAGAUUUCAAAUUAUUCAACCGCACCGCAAAACUUGAGCGCAGAAUUCGUAUUUUGCUCAACUAUUGGGACGGCGGCCGGGCCUGCUUUGUUGAAGAUUUCAUCAUUCGAAGUUUUUAAAAUUUUUGCGUUAAGCAUUAAAACUUAGUAAACUUACUUUGAUUUUAAACAACUGAAAAUGUGUACUUUACAUUUGAUUCAAAAUCAUUCCACGGACAAACGUACUUAAAACAAGCGCAAAUAGAACGCUACAAGAUUAAAACAAACGAAAAAAAAAACAUUUUGUACAACAAAAUAGUUUUAAUAGCUGUUAGCGAUCAUCCAACGGUUGCAAUAUUAACAAUAACGACGAAACGUAACAAUAGUCUAAGUGAAGUAACUUUUAAAGCCCCUCCCCCCUUAGAACCGUAAGCUUGAAACUCAUUUUACAAUUCCAUGACAACAUUUUUUUAACAACUACAUUCCAUUUUAAUGCUACUUGUAUCAAACUUAAAACACAAAAGCCCACAUAAAUCGUACUGUUUUAUCGUAAACAAAAAAAUAUAUAACAAUUCAAGAGCGCAUAUUUUUUAGUUGUUUAGUUGUGCUUACUUUUAAGAGUACCCUUUUUUAUAAAACUGCCAUACUUGAGAAUACAAAUAGCACACUAAGAAAAGAGAAGCGUUUAUUUGAUAGUAACUUAGUAGAAAGUUAAAGAGAGUUAAAAAAAGUGCGACAAGCAAACAAACAACACUAAUUGUUAAGUACCUGAGAGAUUUAAAGUGAAUCGCAUGCGAGAAAACAAGAAAAAAAGACGAGAAAAUCGCAAAUAUUUUAAGCGCGAGCACAUUGAUUUGCACAAGUAACACAGAGAAUGUGAUAUGAUCAGCAGAAUCCACCUCUUGCCAGCACCGAUCUGGGUUUGAUCGGCGAAAUUUAACAUCCAACAAUCACGUUCGUUCACGAACUGAUUUUUCUCACUUUGAAUUGCCAUAUUAUGACUUUUCUCUUCACCCGUUUAUUAAGUGGCCAAAAUGUCGUGCUUUGAAGAAGAAGAAAAAACCCCUGCAGUUUUAAUUAGUCGAUGAGCGGAACAACUUAGCGUUUAGAGAGUUUAUAGAUUUUUUUUUUAAAGGGAACGCAAAACAACGCGUUCCACAAGUAAUUGCAAUAUUAAUUUUACUAGAACCGUGUUUCGUAUUCUGUAGCAGCAAACGAGCGAAACACACAAACAAACACACACACUCUUAAAACAUCACACAAGCUAGAAAUAGAGCGAGAGGAAGCAUAUUUAACUUUACAUUUAACGAAACAAACUCGAACGUGAAUUUUUACAAACUGCUUCGCGAAGAGAGCACAAACUUUCCUCUAGGUAGCACAAACACUUUGAUGAACUUUCCUUCUUUCGGUGGUGGAUGACAAACGCGCAGCAGCUCUAGAUAGCAACAAGCAACCCCCUUCUAUAUUCUUCCCGUAUCUCUUAAUUUUGUUUUGUUUUAAUUCUCUUCGUAAUUUUAGCCCUAUUCUCAGUAGUUUACAUGUAGUAGCAAGCAGCAGCAGCAGUUUAUGCAUUAAUCACGUAGUAGAACAAAAAACACUAUUUUGCCAUUUUAACUAAAACAAAAAAAGAAGAAGUCGAAAAAUAGCGCGCAAGUUUAGACGGAUAAAACAUGAUGUGACUAACAUGUAGCCUGUAAGAGAUAUUUUAAAACAAACAAACAGACACAGAAGAUACUUAAACGUAAGCUAGCUAAGUGAUUUUUAUUAUAGUGAAAAAAGAGCGUUUCUUAUUAUGAAAGUGAAUUUCGAAAUUUUCUAUUGUUAUAUUUUAUAAACAUUAAAUAAAACAUGAUUUUUACUAAA